UUCGGUUGCAGUUUUGUUUUUUUUUCCGCCGUGAAGAGUCCACUGAGCUGUAUACAUUUCAUUAAUCACAAAAGAUUAUAUUUUUCCUUUCAUUUAAAAAAUCGAUUUAAAAGACUGGUUCUUCCUCGUGGAGACGGAAGAUUUUGUAUCGUUUUUCUAGCAAAUAAGAUUUUUCAUUAAUUCAGAUCAUUGCCCUGGUUUCGUUUCCUCAGUUCAGAGUGACUGAAAGAAGAAAGAGAUUGCGGUUAGAGUCAGAAGACAGACUCGUGUUGAAGGAAUGGAAGAGGAUGGGGAUUCCGACAGUGAUGAUGUUAUACGGGUUCCCGAGCCAAAUGAAGAUCUGACUAAACUUCUGAAGUAUAAGGUGUACAAGCGGAGAUGGUUCCUCCUGCUUGUGAUCUGUAUCCUCAACAGUUCUAACUCAAUGCUAUGGUUGAGUUUUGCUCCAGUUGCUGACCAGACAGCCCAGUUUUUUCAUGCCACUCUGGAUCAGAUUAACUGGCUGUCACUUGUUUACAUGGUUGUAGCCAUUCCUGUGAGCUUUGGAACAACAUGGAUGCUUGACACUUUAGGACUGCGAAUGUCGCUGAUACUCAGCUCCUGGCUUAACAUGUCUGGGAGUAUCCUUCGCCUCGUCAGCAUUCUGGGGGUUACCCCUUACACGCUUGGAAACUACCCCAUGCUGAUGGGUGGACAGAGCCUGUGUGCCCUGGCUCAGCCACUGGUCAUCUUCUCGCCCACCAAAAUGGCAGCACUCUGGUUUCCAGAACACCAGAGAGCCACUGCCAAUAUGCUCGCCUCCAUGUCAAACCCUCUGGGAAUUCUGCUUGCAAACAUCAUUUCUCCUUUGAUUGUUAAGGACAAAAAUGAAAUUCCAUUAUUGCUGGGAAUUUAUACUAUUCCAGCUUCCAUUGUCUGUCUCCUAGCAACACUGGGCAUCCGAGAGAGCGUUCCCCCGACACCUCCUUCUGCCAGUGCUGAAAUAUCCAGUUCGGAGCCAUUUUUUGCAGGAAUAAAUCUGCUGCUAAAGAACAAAGCAUACAUGAUUCUUCUGCUGUGUUUCGGCUGUGGGAUUGCCAUUUUCACUUGCUUUUCCACACUGCUGGAGCAAAUGCUAUGCGUUAAAGGAUACUCAAAUGAAUUUGCAGGACUUUGUGGUGCCCUCUUUAUUGUGUUUGGUAUACUGGGAGCUUUUGUUUUUGGGAUGUACGUAGACAGGACAAAGAAUUUCAUAGAAGUCACCAAAAUCAACAUGUGUCUUUCCUCACUGGCCUGCAUUGUGUUUGCUGUGGUAUCUCAGAUGGAACAACAGAGCUAUGCGGUGGCAGCUGUUUGCUCUCUUUUUGGCUUGUUUGGAUUCUCAGUGUAUCCCAUUGCCAUGGAAUUAUCAGUAGAGAGUUCCUAUCCCGUUGGAGAGGCAACAUCUGCAGGACUCAUUUUCAUAUCUGGACAAAUCCAGUCCAUUGUCUUCAUUAUCGUGUUACAGCUGCUGACUAAGCCACUUGCAGAUCUGCCUUAUUCAGCCUGUGCACUAGGAGAUAAUUCUGCCUUGAGCUGGAAAGUGCCAGCUCUGGUGAUGGCAGCUUUAUGCUGUGUGGGAACCUGCUAUUUUGUCAUCUUCUUCCACACAGAAUACAAAAGGCUGAAAGCAGAAGAAGCAGUGUUUGAAGGGAAUGGCAAUGAGCUGGAGGAUGAAGCUGUUAAUGAAGGAGAGUCAGGAGUGACUUCUACAGACAACCAGUCUCCCAGACUUUAGCAAAGAAUUCUGCAUCCAGAUCUAUUGUGUCAUUACAGAAAUCUGAUAUAGGAAAAUAGUACAUUUGUUUAUAUAUUUUCUUUUAUCUAAAAGGUGUAGUGCUGUGUGGCAUGACUUCAAAAAUGCAUACAAUUUUGUUUGUAUUUCUUCCUAAAUUUGUAACAAACCGUACGUGUUGGUAACUGUAAACCUGCAUGUGGUUUUACGUGGGGGCGUGUUCAGCGUGGAGGUGGAGCUCUGGGUGGCAGCUGUGCUUUAAUUAAGGACGAGCCACAGCUGUCGGGGCCCUUUAAGACACACUGAGCACUUCCCCAGAGGGACGAGCAACUCCCGCAAGGGGAGAACGUCAGGGAUAGGUCCGCAGGGGAUUGUGAUGAGAGUGUUGAGGCCGUCGUUUUUGCAUCAUUUUCUUUUCUUUUUCUUUUCUCCUGUCCCGCCGCCUGUCUCCCACCGGGGCAGAUUGCGUUUUCCCUCCCUUUUCCCGCCAUGUAUCUCCACUGGGGCGGGUUGAGUUCUUUUUGUUUUUGACCUCGCGCUCCCUUUCUUCACCAAAUAGGGAUGGUCCAGACUAGAUCCCACUGUUCCAAGAAGUUCUUUUUCUCCCAGGCUGGACCCCGCUAGAUAGGGACAGUCCAGCCUGGACGCCGCUGUUCAAAGUGGUGCAUUUUUCUUUUUUCCUUUUUGUUUUCUUUUUGGUUUUCAGUAACCUCAAACUGGUGCCUCCACUCCCUCAGAUGGGACGUUGACUUUUACUGGUGUUCACCAUAGCUUCUCCCGAAUAACAUUGUUACACUGCAAUAAUAAUUAUAUUAUCCAUCUUUAAGUGAAUUUGCAAUAAUAUAUGUAGAAACAACUGCUUAAAAUGUUGGAAGUAACAAACUAUGUACAAAUGUAUUUGAAGCAGUGAUUGUAUUGAUUUCUUAAAAUAUUUUAGGCAUGGUGAUUUAUUAGGAAACACUAUACUGCCCUACUGAGCAUCUUGUUUCCAUCUUGCAUGGGUCUUCAAAUGGAAUGGAUUCACAGGAGCUGUGAAGAAAAUAUAGAAGCCUAACUUUUCCUCCUCUAAAAGAGUUUUAGUUAUUUGAGGGCAUUUGUUUCCUCAGUCAACACAAGGAGCUUUAUCUUUCAGAUGGAAGGCUUCUCAGAAUAGAUUAAUGUUUACUUCAAGUCCUGCAUAACAAAAGUUUUAAAUCUAAACAUAUGUCUCCAUCUUAAUUGAGUUCUGAAUUUAUUAAUUUCAUAUUACUUCUGAAAAGUAAAACACGGUAGUGUAAUAACGUAGCCUUUGUAAACAAUUCAGUUUGCAUUAGCCAAACCUGAUGAGUCAACUGUAGUUUAAUUACUGGUUCAGUUCUAAUACAUAGAUUUUAAGGAAUCUGACAUGAUAAGGUACAGUCUCAAAAAUGUUGGUGAAAGGUUACCCUCAGGUUACCGUGAUCUUUGCUUCUCAGACUCUGGAGUUCAAACAAUUACAAAUCAAAGCUGUAUUUUUUGUAACUUUUUAUUACUAAUGUUUAAUACAUUUUAUACUUUUUGAAAAACUA